AUGCCUAAAGUUAUUGAAUUAACCAUUGAAAUAGAAAUACAAAAGGUGUCAUGUCCUGGUGUAUGGUUAUGUCAAGAUGGUCGUGUAUCUCUCACAGUAUUUGCUCUUGGUACUAGUUACCAAACCUGCCUGUUACCUCCAGUUUUUCCAUUACCCUUCAGAGACGUGUUUUAUUUUCGAAAAAGAUUUCAAGAAAGCUGUGCUCUUAAUAACAUUUGUUGCUUACUGAAAGAUGAAACAAUAUAUUGCGAGCUGGUCCAAUGGUGCGAGGAUUGUAAUUUAAGUGACUGUGUCAUCUUGGCGCAGUACUUGGGAGCAAUGAACGAUGUGCUUUUUCCACCUAACAUGUGUUCAACUGAUGGGGUUGACUUACUCAUGAGAAGAUCUAAAGAAUUCCCAGGUAUCCUUUCUCCUAAAAUCGAAAUAGCAACUAAAGUUCGUAUUGAUGAAGUUUGGAAUCUACCCUGCAAUUUGUUGAGUACCACAAAGGCGAAAGAAUGUCAUUGUUCGCCGCCAAAUAUUGAGAGUUCAAGGCAAAGGCAAGUCUGUCAUUCAGCCCAGUAUCACAGAACAAAGUGUAAUAAAACUGGAAGGAUCGUCCGGUCUAGGUCUAGAAGUCGUUCAGACGGGUCUGUGUCAUGCUGCAGUCUAGAUAAAGAGCGAGGGAAGGUCUGCCGGUGUCCAAAGACCAGCGACCUAGAAGAUUUACCGAAUGACGAAAGACUUCAAAAAUUGUUACUAGAGAGUCGCUAUAUAGAUAAUGAAGAACCGAACCAUACAAAAACAAGUUCCAGUAAGAAAUAUUGGCCAAAGACGCCGUGCACAUGCCAGAUAUGCAAAAGAUAUCAUGAACUAUUCCAUACUAAUGAUAGCUAA